GCUGGAUGCGAGCGGAGGAGAGGAAGAGAGGGAUGCCGAAAAAAUGAAACUCCUCAGCACUAAUUUUUCCCAUCCCUCUGCAAAAGAAGAUGGAGACCAACCCUACAAAACUCUUUAUACAAAAGAGCGGAUUAAUGCCUAUUUUCACCACUGAGUGAAUGUGAGCAUGGUGUCAUCGCGACAGAAACUGAGGUAAACGCGACACAUAUUUUUUAGUAGAAAAGCAACCAUAUUGAGGUCAGAGGAAAGCGUUGCCAAGACGACCAGCUUGCUAGGGAGGACACUGCGGCGCGCGUCACACGCGGGGAACGAGCGUGAAUGCCAGCGAGGAUGCGCACGUGCGCGCGCGCGUGCGACAGCUAGCUGAGACGGUCACGGCACCCACACAGCAGCAGCGGCAGCGGCAACAGAGGCAGCAUCUUCUCAGAAGACUACCAGACGAGCGCGCAGUCUAUGUCCGCCGUUACCGAGACGAGCUAAAGCAAGCCGAGGCUUGCACCGUGACUUGAACCGGUGCUCGGCGGUGUCGGAGUGCUCCUUGAGGGGAUUUAUUGAGGAUUUAUCGACGACGUCCCAGAAAAACGCUCAAAAACUGUGUAGCUGCGACCAUUGGUCAACACAGGUGACACUUCCCGGCUGUCAAAUCCACCGAGACCCCGCAGACACGUCCGGGUUAUUUUGGGGUUAUUUUGUGGUAUUAAGGCCUCGAUAAAAACAUACAUUCUUCCUGAGGAAAACCGGACUGUCAGCCGAGAAAUGAAUUAAUAUAUUGCCGUGCUGGAGAAGACCGGGACCGAGCCGAACCUGCCUGGGGAAUCAUACUGUAUCUUGCUGUAGCCUACGUGGUGUGUAAUGCAGUAGGCUAGAGCAGUUUUAUUUUUGGUAUUUAGUCUCCACUGUCAGUGUCCAGUCAUGAAGUCCCACCUGCCGGCCCGGUUGGAUUGAACGAGGUAGUGUUGUCGGGGGCAUUUUUUAACGUGUUUUUAUUAAUUUAAUUUUUUUUUUUUUUUAAACAAGCACUUUUUGCUCGCUUGACAUUUACCACUGCUGGAGAAAGGUUUAGUGAAGAGGACAAGGAGAAGAAGGACGACAUCUCAGGAAAAAAAAACCCUCAGUGGGAACCUGGCACCCCACCAGCACCCGUGGAUCACAAAUUAACAGAAUUCAGUGGCUGUUCAAAUCAAAUGAUCUGGAUAAUAGAAGACCAAUAGGGAUGGAACGCAACAGAACCAUGGCUCGGGAAGCUUUUCGGAUUGCCAUCGCUCAGAAUCAAUACUGACCUGGCACCCACACCGAGGUCCAACCUCCUUAUCCAGCACCCCAAGAACCUUUUUUCCCCCCAACAGCUGCUUUGCCCUCCAUCUCACCUUCACUUAGCACUCCUGGUCUUGAUCAAACCUCCAAAAAAGCUUCUUUUAGUCUUUCAGGGUCUGCCUGCUUCUGUUGUUUUAAUCCCCCUCUUAUGCUUUACCUUCCAGACUGCUGGUUGUAAUCCACAUUCUCUCAUAAAAAGACAGAAGUACUCCAAAACAGAGUGCUGGCAGGUGGCUGAACAGUAUGAAUCCAGUCAUGUACCCCCUUCCACUUGCUCUAAGUAAACAAAGUCGGCGGGGUUUGUUGCUCGGGACACGCCCCCUUAGUCUCAUGACAGAUUGCUGCCUAAUGGGUGUGCUAGGCCUCAUCCUGCUCUUCAGCCUGGCCUCGAGCCAGAAGAUGGACCCUUCCAAACACCCCAUAGUCACUACCAACUACGGCAAGCUCAGAGGGAUCAAGAAGGACUUGAACAAUGAGAUCCUGGGCCCUGUAGAGCAGUACCUGGGCGUUCCCUACGCCACAGCACCCAUCGGCGAUCGCCGCUUUCAGCCGCCCGAAGCCCCGGGAUCUUGGCAGGAGAUCCGCAAUGCCACCCAGUUUGCCCCUGUGUGCCCUCAGAACGUCCACGGCGUGCUCCCGGAGAUUAUGCUGCCCGUGUGGUUCACAGACAACCUAGACGUGGCGGCGGGUUAUAUCCAGAACCAGAGUGAGGACUGCCUCUACCUCAAUAUCUACGUGCCCACGGAGGAUGGUCCGCUCACAAAAAAACAUGAUGAAUCUUCAAUGAACAAGCCUCGAGACGAAGAUAUUCGUGACCGCAGGAAGAAGCCGGUGAUGCUGUUUAUUCACGGAGGCUCCUACAUGGAAGGCACCGGAAACAUGUUUGACGCCAGCGUCCUGGCCGCCUACGGCAACGUGAUUGUGGUGACCAUGAACUACCGGCUUGGUGUGCUCGGUUUCCUCAGUACCGGGGAUCAGUCCGCUAAGGGGAACUACGGCCUGCUGGACCAGAUUCAGGCCCUGCGUUGGCUCAACGAGAACAUCGGCCACUUCGGCGGAGACCCAGAGAGGAUCACCAUCUUCGGCUCCGGAGCUGGGGCGUCCUGCGUCAACCUCCUCAUCCUCUCGCACCACUCAGAGGGUCUGUUCCAUAGGGCCAUAGCCCAGAGUGGAACAGCCAUCUCCAGCUGGUCUGUCAACUACCAGCCCCUCAAGUACACCAAGAUCCUGGCCCGGAAGGUGGGCUGCACCUACACAGAGACGGCCGACCUGGUUGACUGCCUGAGGCGCAAGAAUUUCAGGGAGCUGGUGGACCAGGACAUCCAGCCAGCUCGCUACCACAUUGCCUUUGGCCCCGUGGUGGACGGAGACGUGGUGCCUGACGAUCCUGAGAUCCUCAUGCAGCAGGGGGAGUUCCUCAACUAUGACAUCCUAAUAGGAGUGAAUCAAGGAGAGGGGCUGAAGUUUGUGGAUGACAGCGAGGACAACGACGGUAUCUCAGCCGCAGCAUUUGACUACACCAUCUCUAACUUUGUCGACAACCUCUACGGCUACCCUGAGGGUAAAGACAUCCUGAGAGAGACCAUUAAAUUCAUGUACACAGACUGGGCAGACAGGGACAAUGGCGACAUGCGAAGGAAGACCCUCUUAGCUCUGUUUACAGACCACCAGUGGGUGGCACCGGCAGUGGCCACCGCCAAACUCCACGCCGAGUUUCAGUCCCCGGUUUACUUUUACACGUUCUACCACCACUGUCAGACCGAGACGCGACCUGAAUGGGCCGACGCUGCCCACGGAGAUGAGAUACCUUACGUGUUCGGCGUGCCCAUGAUCGGUGCCACAGACCUGUUCCCAUGCAACUUCUCGAAGAAUGAUGUGAUGUUGAGCGCUGUGGUCAUGACUUACUGGACCAACUUCGCCAAGACUGGGGACCCCAACCUGCCAGUUCCUCAGGACACCAAGUUCAUUCACACAAAGCCCAACCGCUUUGAAGAGGUCAUCUGGACCAAGUUCAACUCGAAGGACAAGCAGUACCUUCACAUUGGCUUAAAACCUCGUGUUAGAGACAACUACAGGGCCAACAAGGUGGCCUUCUGGCUGGAAUUAGUCCCACACCUCCAUAGUCUACAUGAGGAGCUCUUCCCCACCACUACACGCUCGCCGCCAGGCCCUGGCCCAGGAACCCACAGACCCUGGCCCAGAACACCAGGCCCUCGAACCACUCGUCACCCCUACCCUACCUUCCCCUCUGACCCGGAGCCUGAGGGUUCGGAGCGUCCACACCAGGACCUCUUCCCUGGAGACACCCGGGACUACUCCACUGAGCUGAGUGUGACAGUUGCUGUGGGGGCGUCGCUUCUCUUCCUCAACAUCCUGGCCUUUGCCGCCCUUUACUACAAGCGUGACAAGCGGCACGAGAUGCGACGCCACCGCCUGUCUCCUCAGCGGGGCGGCCCUGCCAACGACCUGGCUCACAGCCAGGAGGAGGAGAUCAUGUCCCUGCAGAUGAAGCACUCGGAGCACGAUGCUCACCAUGACAUGGAGCCACUCCGGCCACACGACAUCCUACGGCCCGCCUGCCCUCCUGACUACACACUGGCACUGCGCCGUGCCCCCGACGACGUGCCACUGAUGACACCUAACACCAUCACCAUGAUCCCCAGUACCAUCACUAGCAUGCAGCCUCUUCAUGCCUUCAACACUUUCCCCUCCACUGGCCACAACAACACCCUGCCCCACCCCCAUUCCACCACCAGGGUAUAGUAGGGACUGGCCCCGACACAGCGCCACCUAAGGACCAGGAAGACUGGCUCUGCUACUGAUCUAGAGCUGAGGCCUCUGGAUGUGGGCCUUUGUUCUGUUCUCUUAUUCUCUUGUUUCUCCAAAAACAACUCCACCUCCUCCAUCAUGUGCUGUGAAACUUAGCAGCUCCACUGGUGGCGUGUGGAGAUGCAACUGAACUGCACGGCAGCAGAUGAUCAGUUUGGGGGUGAUUUAGAUCUUUCAAAGUUACUGUUUUCAAAGAAGGUCUACUGUUUCCAGACUAAAUCCCCCUGACGUUUGUCAAAGGGACGAAUGCUUUUCGGCCCUUGCUGUUUUCCCUUUUUUUACUUUGGCGUCUUCUCUUUUUUCUCUCCCUGGUGUGCUAUGUGCAUAUAUCGUUCUCUUUUCUACAUCUGUGUCUUAUCCCUGCUUUGUUCCUCUCAUUAGACAUGUGAUUCUCUCCCUCUCCCCAGCACUCCUUUGCUCCAAGGAUUAAUAAACUACUAAGCUGUAGGAGGGGGCAUAGAGUACAUACAGUAAUCACACAGCUAUGAAAACAUUGAUAUCUGAUACUUUCAUUCUACCAGCAUUCUUGGUGCCAAGUAUGUACUACUGUGUUUGCUUUCUCAUCGAGGGAGAAAAAAACUAAAGAAAAUUCCUAUUAUUCCUAUUCCUAUUUACUGUCAAUUAACAGAUGCUGUAUGUUCUCAUGACAAAGUGCCAAACUGGCCCUCGAUUGUGUUUUAUUCUUUCUUUCAUCUUCUGUUUCUUUUUUUGAAGCAUUUGUUUAAUUGUUGUUUUUUGUGGAAAGAAUUUUUGCUGAAAAUAUAGAUAUAGAGAAAUGAUAUUAUAUAUAGUUAUAUAUAAAUGUGUACAAAGGACAAAGUAUAUAAAUGGGUUUUCUCAGUGGGGAUCUAUGCAUGAAUUAUUUUUAAAGAUGAUGAUGGGGGAAAGGACACUGUAUCUGUCAAUGCACGUUUCCCAAAUCUAAUCAAAUCAUAUCGGUCCACUCUGGAUAUUUUGGUUUUUGUUUUACCUCACAAAACAAGAACAUUACACAAAAUCCUGUAGUAACCCAACAAAUUCUCUUCACCUCCCAAUACCCAUUUAUUAAAAACGAAAAUUCAUUGCCACAAAUCUCAGAAGUCGUAGGGUCAAAGCAACAACUGUGAACAUACCCUUCCAUUCAUUCUCUCCUUCAUGGUGUUAUUUAGAGGUAUUUCCAGGUGAUGCAGCACGCCAUCAGCAAGCCCAUCAUCCUACAGUAGCUAUUUUUUCUUUCCAUCUGUAUGGAGAUGAUCGGUUUUUUUUAGGGUACGUGAGGUGCCAAAUCUGUUGUUGUAGCUUGCCUGUACAGAAUUAUUUUUGUAUUUCAGUGAGGGUGAGAAACAAAGCAGAGACAGGCAGCCUUUGCUCUUUUAAGUACACCUUCCUUCUCCUGUCUGCACCCCUAUUUCCAGCACAUGCAUAUUCUGUUUGAUGUCUGCCUGUGAGAGAAAGAAUGUGUGUUUGUGUGUGUGUGUGCGUGCGUGUGUGUGUGUGUGUGUGUGUGUGUGUGUGUGUGUGUGUGUGUGUGUGUGUGUGUGUGUGUGUGUGUGUGCUUCACUUGGGCAUAGGUGGGCCCUAAUUAGACAGCAAAGAGAUAGAGAGGCAGACAGACAGGAUCACCCCCAUGGUAAAGACUUAGACUCCAAAAUGAGCUCCUUCCUGCUGCGUACCCAAACACUCCCCUCCGUAUCAACAUCACUCCAUCACUUACUCCUCCCUUCUCCUCUCUCCAUCAGUACACUAGCUUUGUAUUCAAAACUGAUGCCCAUAUUGCGGUGAUCACCCAUAACUCCCCCCGCUGUGACCACAAAACUCCAAAACACCUGACUUCACUGUGUCAGCACCAUUCUACACAAUUUCUGACCUCAGUUCAGCUCUGCUUUUAUCCUCACAUUUAAGGGUUAGUUCACUAAGCUAGUGACUUUUUUGUGAGGUCAUCAGUUGUAAAUUAAACUCUAAGCACACCGAGGGUAACCGGUGGGCCUUCCCGGCCUGCGUCGCAGCACUGCAAGAUGAAAAGGGAGCUCGGAUCUCCUAAACAGGGUAAAGCAACACGGUUGACAACUGCUGUUUCUGAUUCUGCUCUUUUCUUUCGGGUGAGAAUGUGCAGGCCUACAGCUCAGCGAUGCCCCCCUCCGAUUCUCUGCUAAGGAUCUCAAACAUGGAUCAUGGGUAAUACUCUGGUUUAUACAGUAUGUUAACUGAACUGAUGUGCUGUUGUUUGAGCCCACAGGAACACAUGGUAGCCUACAUCCAGUAUGGGAGAAGUUAGUCACCGGUGCUGUCUUUGCUUGUGCUCUAGCUUUAGCCUGUUUAUUUGUUUUCUAUUUUAUUACUGCCUAAUGGGGUGUUGGGGGAGGUCUGGAGGGGGAGAGAUAUACCUGGCUGCUCCUGUCAGAGAUUUUGUAAGCCCACUGAAAGGGAAAUGUGCACAAUGUAAAACACAAAACAACUGACUUAGAUGUGCUGCAGGUGGAUAAAUGUUGUGGAACAGAUGAUGGACAGUAGCGCAAGAAAAGGUGCAUGCUGUGGAAAACAGACUUUGGGAGGAGAUUGGAAAAAGACUCACAGCCUUAAAUGUAGAAAUCAGAAGAAUCAAAAGAGAGGAUGAACUGGUCGCUAGCAAAUAGGGACAUUCGAAGGCAUGGCCAUCUUUCUACCCACAAUGUUUGCCAGGGGGAUACCUUGCUAAUCUGUCCUACAGAGGAUCUGAUAUGUCUGAUCAGAUCCAUAUGAACCUCUUUGUACGCACUCCUGUGGAUAAGGAGGCAGUGAGGGGUUGUGAAGUAAACUUCACCACAACACAACUACAAUGACACCACUGGAGGUGGAAACAGAAACAAGGUAUUUAGUUUGGUCUGUUCUUUUUCCUUGUCUAUUUUAUAAGCUAACACUGGAGGGCGCCAUCGUGACAGAUUCACUGCAGUCUGCCCACAUGAGGAAACUGGAUGUGUGAAGAAAAAUACCAAACUGGGUGGCAGGACAGAGACAGACACACAACGUCUGGAAGAGGACAAAACUGUACAUUUUUAAGUGUAAGAAUCAAACAGACAAAAUAUUUGUAAAUAUUAAGUUUCUUGUUUGUUUUUCUUUUUUCUUUUUUUUGAGUGAAUGAAUGAAAUGCUUAUUUUGUGACAACAAAAGACAACAGGUGCAGUUUGCAAAAAAAAAAAAAUGGCCACUAGCUUUAGGUUUCAAAUUCAUUGGUGAGUAAAAGAUGUUUGCCACUGAUCACUUUUCAUGCCAUUAGAAAAUGACUUUUUUUGUUUUUUUACUUUGUCUUGUCAUGUUGACCAUUAUCAUGUGGGCAUCCUGUAGCAUCAUGAUUUCUAACCAGGAAAGUCACUGUAGCAGAAAUGCAUCCCCACUGCAGCCCCCACACGACAGAGGGCCUAAGAUGCUGUAGUUAGCAUUUGCUAGUUUCCAUUUUUAGCAUUUGUGGUUUCAUUGCUCUUUGUUCUGGGGUUGAAGUAGAAGGAUCAUGUACUCUUUUUGCCUUCAUUUUUUUUUUUGUUCAAGCUUUAGAAAACUUUUAUUUUGAAAUAUAUAUUGUGAUCUAACUAUAUCUGAUCAGUGUGACUUCAGAUUAUUUACGGAAACAUCUCAGAGGCUAAGAGCACUGAUAAAAGCCAGCUUUGGCCAGCUAACUGAUGUAAUAAUGGUGUAGGGAACUGGCCAGUGAUUCAUGGUCAGGACUUUUAAACUGAGACACUAAACGCAAGUGCAGUCAAUUAAAUGUUAGCUCACCUCACAUGUAGCAGGGUUUACAUGUAGCCACUUAAUCACAUGUGGGACAGACAUGAGGGCUUUGAUACCAUAAGAUGCCUCACAUCCUCAUAGAGUAAUGAGAUCACACAGGUGGUCUGACUUUCACACUGUGUUGCAUUGUGGGUAAGGAGGUAUGUUGACCUUACAGUGUUGUGAUGUAGCAGUAAAGGGAUUCAACAGUUGAGAGAUGGAUGAAAGUAAAUCUGAAAAGUCCAGUGCACCUUCAGGCUCGGAGCAUGUGUGUUUAACAGUGGAUCAGACCGGAUGUAUGUGGACACACACUUAGCCUCGUCUAUGGUAUAAAGUGACUCACUGCAGCCCUGUGGUUCUCACAGUUGUGGCUCGAUAUCGGUUUAUUCUUAUUUCAACAUACCCGAAAGCUGCAGUCAGCCAAGCAAAACAAGAUGACUUCAUAUCACUGAGUUUAGAUCCUGUGUCAGGUCAGUGGAGCAUGGAAGCACAUGAUUAACACCCCACAAUGGCAAAGAUACACAAAGACAGUUACACAUGCACUCACAUUAAUCUUCAGCUUGGUCUCAACUGCGAAGUUGCACCUGUUGUCUUGUUUUUACAUUUUUGUUGAAUUCAGAAACCCAAGACUUGAGAUGAAGAAAAAUGUUAAAUAAUGGAAUAAAAAAAAGAUGAUUAUUAAAAAAAGUAUAGUAAAACUAUAUAAAUUAAUGAGGUGAUGAUAUUUCUGUUUAUUUUAGAAGUUAUUAUACACUGUAUGCUGUGAUUCUGAUCUGGGAAACAUUAAAGACAUUCAUAGCCA